AUGCCCAAGGUGGAAUAUCUGGGUCAUAAGUUCUCCCACAAUGGACUGGAGGCGAACCCGAAAGAUCUGUCGGCGCUGACGGAUCUAGUAUUUCCUGGAUCCCUUCGAGCCAUGCAGUCAUUCUUGGGAAGUCUGAACUACUCUAGUCCAUUUAUCGAAGACUACGCGAUCUAUGCGUCAGUUCUGUAUGAAUUGCGAGAACUUGACUUUGUGGUUAUGACAAAGGAGGCUACCCAAGCGCGGAUCCAACAAGUACUGGAAGUGGAGGACGCAGAUCAAGGAUCGCAGGGAGACCGGGGUGGCGACCAUCGAAAAGCCUUGGAUCUGGAGGCGUCCAACCCUGUUGAGGUGGAUCCGCGUUGGAUCCAUGCCCAUCGGUCCUUCAACGUGCUUAAAAUCAGGAUUGCUACCACUCCGAUCUUACGACAUUUUGACCCAGAUCGGAAGGCCACUAUCUACCUCGUGACGUUUGCGAGCCGUACUCUGAAGUCGAACGAGCUAAACUAUGGGAUUGCGGAGAAGGAGGUAUUAGCCCUUCUGAGGAUCCUGGAUCUUAACUAUAAUGCGCUGGUCGGGCGUCCGAUCCGUGUGUUGACCCGACACUCUACUUUGGCGUGGCUCUUCAGAUCCAAAGCCUUGCAGGGACGUUUAGUGGCUCUGUUGUCGCCUUGGACACUUGAGAUCACCAAGUGUGUCAAAGGAGAGGAUGAGAUCUUGGGAGCACUAGCAGCCAGUAUUACCCCUAGAUCAGAAGUGGAUAAGGCGUUGGUCUCAAUCACCCCCAAAAAGGAGCCAAGGCGUACGAUCCAAGCUCCGAUCCCCACUAUCGGGCGAGAUGAGGAGCUAUAUGUCGUCAGUUUCGAUGGAUCAGCCCGUGUCAAGAGAGGUGGAGGCGCCUACAGCGCGAUCUUGUGGAAGCUUCCCGAAUGGACAGUGUUGAAAGCUAGAUCAGGAUAUGCCGAAGGCUUGACGGUGAAUGAGGCGGAAUACCAUGGUCUGCUACUAUGUCUGGAUCUGUUGGAAGAUAUGGAUCCACAACGUCUGGUGAUCUGCGGAGACUCGAACCUGGUGAUCCGACAAGUACGAGGAGAGACCGAUUGCAAGGCGCCGGGUCUUACACUGUUACCGAGCCUUGGAUCGACUAUGUACGUGGUCAGAUCACCAACUAUUGCACGUCAAACGAGAUUGGAACGGGAGUGCUGCAGUCUAGCGAGUGCUGCUCUGCAACGGCAAUGUGGGAUCGAGAUAGAGUGUGACGCGGAGAUCCAGGAUCUCAUAACGUUAAAUCGGUUGGAUGAAAUUCUGGUACUGAAUGCCGAAGAAGAGAUCGCACAGGUGUCAGCUGUGACGACCCGAUCUAAGGCUAGAUCGGGGGUGCGUGUGGGAUCUGAUCCAAAUUCCCUACGAGAAGAGGUCGUGAGAGAGCUGCGGAUUGAACGGAUCCGUCAAGCGCAGGACGAAGAGUCGUGGAUCAUGGGCUUGAAGAAGUAUUUGGAUAAGGCUAAGAUGUUUGGAUCUAUUGCUAUGAAUUAUGAAGUGGAUCAGUUGGAUCUACUCUUCUAUUGCCCGACAAGUAAGACAACUGCCGCAGCUCGAGACAAGCUGAUGCGACUAGUGAUACCUGAGACUCUUCAACAGGAUAUUGUGCACCACUAUCAUACGAGUCUGCAGGGUGGUCAUCAAGGGGUCGGUCGCAACUAUGAUCGGAUCCGUGAUCAUUUCCACUGGAGAGAUCUGUAUAAGCGUCGAUAUGUGGGGGAAUGCGUCGACUGUGAGACAGGCAAGGGAAGACCUCGGAUCCAAGGUGAGUCGCCUGGUAACCUUCAGUCAACGUACCCAUUUCAGAUCAUUGCCAUGGAGCAUAUACGCUCGCUGCCUAGAUCCUUCAACGGCAACACUGAAUUGUUGAUCUUCGUGGAUCUAUUCUCAGGAUAUGUGAUCGCCAAAGCCAGCGCCUCUAGAUCCGCUCAAACAAUCGCCGAGACUUACGAAGAGUGUGUCUUUCGUCGAUUUGGCGCGAGCGAGGUGAUCCGACAUGAUCGGGAGCCAGGCUUUAUGUCUGAUUUUUUAAAGUCGUUCAACAAGAUCCUGGGACAACGUCAACGGGUUACUAUGGCAUAUAGACCCCAAGCUAAUGGAUCUGCAGAA